AUGGCAGAUAGUGAAGAUGAAGAAGCGCCUCCAGAGAGGGAUGUUAAGGUAUUCGUUUUACGACCGUAAAGCCUCCAUGUGCAAAGUUUAGCUAUAGUUUGAGUGUAAAGCAUAGGUGGUAUUGAAGAAUUUCUUUAACUUCUUGAAAGUGCAAGUAACCUAAAUUCAACUCUUUAAUGUUUAAACUGACACUUUACGUCAGUAACGUCAACAAAUUGUGGGUUAAAAUAGGUCGUAGUGUUACAGCUAGCCUGAUAAAUUAAGCUUUAUUUGAAUCCUAAUUAUUAGUGAUUUACUCCAAAUUUGUACUUUUUUAUUUUAAAAUUUACUCGUACGUCGAAGUGCAAUAGUAAUAAUAUAAACACCAAUCGUGAUUUAGCUGUCACUCACUUUUAGUGAAGUACAAGUUCAUCUUUUCGUGCGUUACAAAAAUGAUCUGUUAAAGCUGUAAUUCUCGGUGAACCAUGAGGAGAUUUUGUGAGUGGUUGAAGCCAGUGAACUCUCGCUACUUGAGUAUUCAGUGUCAACCUAUUUUUCGAAAUGUAACUGAUACUGUAUACCCGUUCAAAAGAUUCAUAGCUUAGACUCUCCAAACGAUAUGAUUCAUUAGUGUGUGACAGUUUAGGCUUCUAUGAACAUGCUAUCAACUUUACUAAACACGUGUGCCUAAAUUCUUGUCUUAAAUAGGAUUUUAGCUUCAAACAAAUGAGGAAAAUAAGAAUGUUUGAGUCACCAACAACUUUACCCACUGCUCGCUCAAGCUUACUGGCUGUUUCCACCAAGUAUGGGUUGACAUUCAUUGGCUGCCCUACAGGUAUUUUAAAACUAUUGUACAUCUUGAAAUGGAGGAUGAACAUCUUUAAAUUAUGUGUUGUUUCUUUCUUGUCCUUGUUGUCAAUUUUCUGUUUUUUGGCUUUUAAGAUUGGAAUGUAUACCUAUUGAGUUUUAAACAAAAUGAGCACAUCAACCCCCUUAUCACCCACAAGUGACCAAGACAGAAUUUCUCCUCACAAUAGGGAGGGUGGAGGAGUUUUGACUUGUUGCCUGAAGAUCUUAAAAUUACUUUUUUUCUUUUGAACUCAAUUUUCUCUCCUCUUUGCUUUUGGUUAUAAGAGUAAUGUAUUUAUCAAGAUCGAGACAAAAAGUGCACCUUUACUUGUUUGUGUACCAAGGAGAGAAUUGAAUUAAAACAAUUGUAUCAACUUUAUUUUUUAAUUUCUUUCUGAUUACUAUUGUGCUCUACAUUAUUUCAAUUUUAAACUCAAGAUUAUAUAUCAUACAGUACAUUGCAUCAUUAUUUAUUGUAACAGGAACAAGAGUGAUAAAAACUGAAACCAUUGAAAGAAUAAAUGAAUCUGAUGAAGGAAGCAUGCAGAAUGUUGGUAAGUUGUUGAAAGAACCCUCAUAACCACCAACCCCGCCCCCCCCACCCACCCACCCUCUCAAAAAAAAACAAGCAAACAAAACUGCAUAUGUGUUACCCUUAGCCUGUUUAAGUUGAAACUCAAGGGGUCACUUUGUUGUAUUUUGGGGAAACCUACUUCUUUCAAUGGUGGCUUAAUUCUUUGGUGCAUCAGCACCUCAACAGCUAUCCUGUUCUUUUCUCAAAAAUUAGUACAUUCAGAGCUAAGUUAUAGCUGUAUAUCAUUGCAAAAUUGAUGCAGCUUUGAAUCAACAGGGAUACUUUGAAUGAUCUUUCAGGGCAUGAAAUAAACUUUUUUUUCUGAUAGCCACUUGGCUCCUAAAUUCUUCAAAGUGGUAGCCAAUUCAAAAAAAGUUGGUCGCCAUUUUCAAAGACAAACAAAAUCUUUCUUUACGCUGUCAGCGUUCUAGAUAGACCCUCCAAAAUUAAGUUAGGGAAAAGAUCUUUAAUGUGCUGCAAAAUGGAUGCUAGGAUGGAUGACAUACAAAGUUCAGGCUCAUCUAAAUCCAAGAUGGCAUCUAGUUAUCGAUCGAGAUGCAUGUGCUAUGUUUUGGAAACAAACUUAACGAGGAAGUUUGCCACGGCUUUAUCUUUGCAAAUCUUUUUAAUUCACUAUAUCUCUUGGUAAGGUUAUGAUGAAACAUUCUAGUCGCCAAUUUGGCGACUAACUUUCAGAAUUUGGUUGCCAUAGUGAAAAAUUUAGUCGCAUUGGCGCCUGUAUUAGGCACAAUUUCACGCCCUGUCUUUUAAAUUAAACUUGAAUCUUAAUAUACAGAGGGCUAUAAGCUGAUAAGAAAAAAAAAAACAGUAAGUUACCAAACUUGCACAUUAGGGGAAUUUUAAAUGCGCUUGAAUGUUGUUAUGAUGUCAUCCUGCAAGGAUCCAUUUGUUUAACAGUGAUAGAGUAUUUUUUUAUUGUAUCUUUCAGUGGCAAAUUGCCCUUCAACCUUUAAAGAAGUUGGUCAUUUUGUACAGUUUGUGGGUCUUAGCAGUGAUGAUUUGACUCUGUCUGUCUGCUAUGUGAAUGGAAAUCAAACUCUCUUGAAUCUCUAUGAUGUUCCAACCCUUGGAAGUUCUGUAUGUUGUACUGUUGCAGAAUGAUACUGUUUUGUGGCACAGUUUCGUCAAUUGCUUGUUUUGUUUUGUUUUGUUUUACAAUUAUGAUUUGUUUCAUGCUACACUUCUCAAUUUAUCUGGCUCCCUUUGAUAAACUUUUUGUCAUUUCAGAACACAUUAAAUGCCAAGUUUGGUGACACAAUUCUUACAAGUGAUGCAGGUACACAUUGUUUAGAACUAAGUUUCAAGUCUGCAAAUAACAAGCUAUCAUCUUACAAUUAUUUGCCAACUCUUUGGUUGUAAUGGUCAAAUGUUUAAGGUGUCCAAUACAAUGUAUUACAAUAAAGGGUUUAACUUAGAGCAUGGAUCACUUUUCUUUUUGAAUGAACAAUACGAUUACAGGUACAAUUCCUGCAAAGCUCCGAGUGAAAACAUACUUUGUUGAACAAUGCCAUCUUCUUUUGAAAGCUUGCAAAAUUACAACUUGUUGGUGUAAAUUGGAUUCUCAAAUUUUGAGAGCCAACCAAGCAGCCUAUUACAAGAAGUAUAUUAUCCUGUGCUACUUCUUUCAUAUCUCAACUUAUAUGAAAAACUAGUAUUGGCAGAAGGACGUACUGUAAUUUUGAAAAAAAUACAUUCAUUGUUCAUGAGAGGUUAACAAUUUUUUUUCAUCUAAGCAGAUUUGCUUCUUUUCUGGUAAAACUAUUUAGCAGCACGGCAAAAGACCUGCUUAUUAUUUACAGGCUUGGAGUUAACGAAGUUAUUAUAAAAAUUAUGAUUACUUCAUAAACAAUCUUCUGACAAUCUACGUCUAGUUGAGCAUGAUACAGAUUAUAUUAAACAUACCUACAAUACCGCUCGCCUAUAUGUUAAAUGAGCAGACGAAUUUAAUACGCCUUGACGCAGGAUAGUCAUACGCGUAUAUACGACUUUUUUGCGCGCACGGUCGAAAAAAAUUCGCGACUCAUGUGCCGUUGUUAUUUAGUGCUGUAAGUUUCCUUUAGAGUACAUUGUUGUGUAAAACAAAGAACUUCUUGGUUUGAAAAAUGCGACUAAUCGACAAUGGGAAAUUUACAUAAUGAAAAAAGCUAUUAUGUUACACUCACGCAUGUCGCAUCGCUUCGCGAAUUUAUCGACUAACGAGCAGUAGCAGUUGCAGUAGAUUUGCUUGAUUUGAGUCGUUGAUGAAUCAGGAGGGAAAGAAAAUGUCCCUUACAGAAGACAUCGAAACACUCGUAUUAUUAAGCGAGUAACGAAGCGAAUACUCACUGAUAUACUUCCCAAAUUUAUUCAUUGCAAUCAGCGCCCCCUUGACUGUUUACGUAUCGGGAAUGUAAACAAUAGGUGUUAGCAUCGCGCGUGAUUAUUUCUUCGAAACUUCAAACUUACCUCGAUCACCUUCGAUGAGGAACAGAAGAUGAACAUCGAUCGAUGAAACACGAAGCAAAUUCGGUUUCGCAUAAAAAAUUUGCAUACGAGUCCGAACAGGGCUUAGUCGUGACCAAACUGUAACACAACACCAUUAUCACAAGCACUUCUUAGUUUUUGUUUAAAAGGCGAGAUGAAUGAAUCAGUUUUCGAGAACAGCAUGUUCACCGAUGAUAAAAGCUAUAAAAUAAGCAUUCAUUCAGAACGCGACAACUGGUUACAAACGAGUGCUUUAGCUGAUUCUACCGAAAUACGAUACACAGAGAAUAAACAAAUUGUAUUAAUUUAUUGCAUAUUCUUUUUGUGAACAGAAUAAAUUUUUACAUAACGUUAUACAUCAUCAUUAAAGUAUAUGUUGGUAUGAAUGAUGUGCUUCAUCGCUUAGUUUCUAAGUUAUCACAUGUACUCAUUUUGCACGUGAUUUGCUGGGAUGUUUUUGUCACGUUAUUUACAAUGUAACAUGAUACUAUGUAUAUCAAGGGAGACCAGUUAACAACUUGCAUAUUGUUAGUUGCAAAAUAAAGUAAUGUUUAUUUGAUAAUUAUUUCUUAAACAGGAGUAAGUGUUGCAAACCUUCUCUGGAACCCUGGUUUUCCUGGUAUCUUUGCCAUUUGUUUUAGUUCUGGAGCUGUGUCAAUAAUGGAGCUUACUGAAACUGAAAUCAAAACACUGGCUUCUCUUCCAGGAAGUGUAAAUGCCAAUGCAAGUAGGUGUUAUUAAGUCACUUAAUUGCAUUUUUUUUUCUUUUAUUUGAAUUAAAGUCAAUUAUGGACAAGAAAUGAUUUGAGAAUUUUUUUACUAGUUUGUUGGAGUCCAAAAGGAAAACAGCUUGUUGUUGGACACAGAGAUGGCAGUUUAACACAGUAUUCACAGGUACAGUAAUUCAAACUAACUUUAAAUCUUCAUGUUAGUGCUUAGGGCAACUUUUAACUUGUAUUUCAAAUUUAGAACAAGAUGUGGGCACUUUCAGGUAGUAAUCAGAAAGAGUUUGCAUGUCAAGAAACGGGGCUUAUUUCAUAUUUCUUAACCAAAAAUUUGGCUGGACCAAUGAUUGUUUUAUGACAUAGCAUUUUUUAAUUAACAACAAUACGAACUUGUAGUAAAAUGCAAAAGGUGGUCAUGAUUUUUAAAUGGCAUAAUACCAGUAGUUUGUACUGGUCAUUUUUUUUUUUGCAAACUUGGCCUUGUUUCUUAUAAAACUGAAACCUGGACGGUAUAAAUACACAAUACAGCACAAGGAAAUUCCUAGUGAAAAAGGUAUUUUAGUGAGGGGGGGGGGGGUGGAAUCAUCAUAUUAGUUAUUGUUAUAAAAGGUCAUGCUGGUGAUAAACACAACCAAAACAUGUAUUUCAUUUCUUGUCCAUAAAGGUGGGUGGAGGAGCUAGGGGGGUAUUUUUUAAGUUUUGACCAGUAGGAACUGGAUGCAUGCUUUUUCAGCAGGGACAAUGAUUUUGAGGUGGUACAACUUAGAGUAUUUUUGGUAUACUAUGCUUGGGGAACUACAUGUUUUUUAGCACUUUUGCUGAUCUUCUCCUCAGAUCUGUACCAUUUGUAGCAUUGAUUGUGACAUCCCUCACAUCCAUUUUGUGAUGUCCCCUACAACCUUUUGAAUUUAAAAAUUCUAAUCUUUAAUUUAAAAAAUUGAUUUAUUCAUGUUAUUUCAUUGGUAAAGAGUAAAGUAAGGUUUGUUUUCAAACCCUUGGGUGAAAUUAAAAUAAUAGGUGAGAAGUGAUAUUACUCUUGAAUAUUGAUUGCUAAGUUCACUGGGUUCAGUUUUGCAACAUGUUCUUUAUUAUCUAAAAUGAUUCUCUUUAGGCUUUGGAAGUUAAAAAGGAAAUAGAAUGCCCUGAAAUUUUUAUUGACGAUCCUCACUCAGGUAUUGAAAAUUGUAAUCAGUGGCAAUGUCUCCCUUCUUCCAAAUAAGAAUUGAAAUGCAAUAGCACAUGUAUAUUGACACAACAUCAACUUUUUCUACCCUAUUUUGAUGUAAAUUACCUUUGCUUCACAAAUAAUCUUUGUGAGCUGUUCAUUGAUUCAAUUAUUUCAAUCCACUUUCUUUUGCUAAAUAGUUAAAUUGUGUACAGUACAUACGGGUAUAAACCAACAUCCAUUUAUUGCAAUACUUACACUGUAGUCUUGUAAAUUAGUGAAGUCACUUAUAUACUGUAUUUCUUGACUGACUGACUGAUUGAUUUAUCAUUUGAUUCAUUCUUCCAAUAUUUAACUUUGUUAACAAAUUACUUCAUGUGAUAUUUAGUGACGGAUGUGCUGUGGAUUACUGCAACAUUGUUUGCUGUUGUUUACUCCAGCUUUGAGGAAGGGGAUACUCCACAGUUUCUGCUUAUUUCCACUCCUGUAAGUUUAAAUGUUAUUUAGUAUAUGUUUUGGAUCAAACAUUUUCUUGGUUUAACUUUUCGAAAGCAGUUAGUACAGAUCAGUUUGAUUCUUAUUUACUAAUCUUGUAUUUGUUAUAAUCAUAAUCUGAAACACAGGAAAAUACAAAUCAGGGUAAUUUGAAAAUUUUCACACCAAGAAAAAUUCCAACCUUGACAUAUUCAAGGACAAACCAUGUACCUUUGUAUGUGGCUUGAAAAUUUUGAGGGGUUUUUUAUUUUAGCAAAUUUUGUGUACAGCUAUGAAUCCAAAAAAAAGGCCACAUUUACUUGCUAUUUAGGACAAAAUGAAAGUCUCUACAUGCAAAGCAGUGUCAAUUCAUGUUCUUUUUAUUUUGAGUGACAUGGAAUACCCAUCAGGCUACAAAACUGUUUACCAUGUAGACUGCACACAUGCACAGCUCCUGCUUAUUAACUUGACUAGCUAAAAUUUUUGAAAAUAGUUGCUUUUCCUCUUUCUUUAUGUUCUGUAAAAAGAAACCACAAAAAUAAUUUCCCAUCAGAAACCUUAACUCUUCUUGAAUGGCAAAAUUUGUUUCCCCUGACGUGGAAAACAUGGCCUUUAGGCAAAAUAAACUGAGCAAAAUAUUUGUGCUUUGCAGUCUAAAGAUGGUUUGAGCAAAAAAGAUAUUUAGUACUAUUGAACAGUGACAGAAGUUGAGCUCUAUUUUUCCUCUUUUUGCUCUUAGAGAGAUGAACCAAAGAAAAUAAUAAACUUUGAUGAUAUCUACUAUGUGAUGAGCGAGGAACGGCAACCCAUGUUUUACUUAAAACUCAUCACUGAAUGGUAAGAAUAGUCUAAGAGAAUUUUAGCAGAGCUCAGCAUAGCCCCAUAAUGAUACAAAAUUGUAGUAACCCAUCAAGCUGAAAAAAUUUGGACUUGACACUGUACAGGCGUCCAUACAAGGUGCUACUUUUAACAUGCGUGGUCAACUGUACUGCAGGCACGCCAAUGCCACAGCUUUGUCCAGUAGUCCAGUGGUCAGUGCACUGGGCUCCGAGUCAGAUGACCCAGGUUCUAGUCCUGGCUGGGGCAAGGCGUUGUGCCCCUGAGACAUGUGGGAAAAAAAAUGCGAGCUCCACUUUUAGGCUUGGCUAAAUCUAUAUAUUAUGAAUUUCUGACUAAUUUAAAUGGACCAUACAAAAUUCAUCUAGUGGCAAUUAAAGAACUAUUCAACUAAACCCUAUGUUGUUUUCUUAGUAAUAUUUAUUGGGUUUUAAUCACAAAAUUGGACAUUUCAAAGCAAAAUCUUGACAAAUUGCCAUUAACAUACCUUGUCAAAAAUAUUGGAGGACAGGUGCUAUAAAGGUAGCCAUAGAAACAUACUGUAGAAGGGCCCCUGGGCACACCACAUAACAUUGACAAUUAUCCUGUUACAUGACUUUCUUUUCAUUAUGCUUAAAUUGCAUUUAUAGCUGUAGCUUGUCAUUGGUAUUGAAUAGUCCAUUUAGUUACCCUUAUGGUAGUGAGAGAUUAAUUUUAGUAUAGUAACCUCGUUAGCAACACAGAGAGCACCAUAGAAACCAAACCACUGCCUAAGCAACAAAUACUGUAGGUUGUUUCACUUCAAUAAAGUAACACUUACUGUGUAGAUACUUCUGUUUUAGGAAUAUUUUGAUUUCAGCAUGUUCCAAUGGGUUUGAAGCUGCUGUACUUGGGAAGUAUGGAGGAGAGGUAUGAUGUUAUUUUAUUGAAUUCCUUGAUGCGUAACUUUCGUUUUGCAUGUUGAAUUUUCAAAAUGGACUUGCAUAGCUCAAAAAUAUGAAUUGAUGCAGUAGCUCCCUUGAAAUUUAUUUGUUUAUGACAUUUUUAAUUAAUUUCCAUUGCUUGAGCCCGCUCUAAGAUUUAUGUGCUGCUACUGUAAAAAUAAAGAUAUUCUUUUGGCCUUCCAUUUUUCAGGUAUAUUUGUAACCUAUACAAAUAAUCAAACUCUAUCAAAAAUUAGUAAAUAAUGAUAUUCUCUGGUUAAAGAAGAGAUAAAAUGUGGAAUUGAUACUCUUGAAAAUGACAAUUCUGAAGGGCCAUUGCAUCACACAGUCUCCUGAUUUAGCAUAGUCAUAUGUUGUCCCUCAAAGAAUAUUUUUUAAGUAUUGUGAGACUGCACUAUUGAUACUUCCUUGCUUUCCUUGUAUUUGAACAGGCUUCUACUCCUUGGGAAAAGUGGAAUGUUGAAGAAAAUGGUCGUGCAGAAAUGCCUUUGACUAACAACAAUGAUGAAACAUUUCCUAUGGGAUUGGCAUUUGACUUUAGAUCAACCAAGCCCAUUUUAGAAGGAGAAAAAAAGCUUCCCCCAGCCCCAAUGAUGAUGCUUCUAUCAACAGAUGGUGUCCUGUGCCCAUAUUACGUUGUGAAUCAAACCCCUAAUGUAGAUCAAGGUAUAAUUAGAGUUCCAGAACCUUUACCACUCGGAGGACAAAGAAAGGCAAUAGCAUCAAAAGCAGGUGAUGAAUUGUACUUGGGAAUUCCUUCCUGUGAUGCAUUUUAAAAAUGUGUAGAUUUUGCAACCCAAACCUUUCUUUUUUUUUCUGUGAACGUACUUUCAACUCAGUAAUCUUUUGAACAUUGUAAAUAAGCAGGAGACUUCAUUUCCAAUGUUAUUUCUACAAAUUCCAACAUUAAUGACUGAUUCAAAUCAAGAACCUUUGUCAUUUACCACUCCGGGGAUAUUAUUCUUUUCUCAUUAUCAGGUUCUGUUCCUAAAGGGAAUGUUUUGCCAACCUCUGGUACUGCUAGAGACCUCCCUACUGGUGUUUUCUCACAGACCACAACAUCUGGCUAUUUCUCUCCAGCUGGUACCUCUUCAUUUGCAAGCUCCAAGCAAACCACUCCUUUGGCAUCUGGACCUCCCUGGUCAGGCAAAUCAGGGAACCUUCCAAGUGGUACCUUUCCAUUUGCAGGCCCCAAAGAAAGCACUCCUUUGACAUCUGGAAGUUCCUUGUCAAGCAAAUCAGGAAACUUUCCAAGUGGUACCUUUUCAUUUGCAGGCCCUAAAGAAACCACUUCUUUGACAUCUGGAACUUCCUUGUCAGGCAAAUCAGGGAACCUUCCAACUGGUACCUCUAUAUUUGCAAGUUUCAAGCAAACCACUUCUUUGACAUCUGGAACUCCCUUGUCAGGCAAAUCAGGGAACCUUCCAAGUGGUACCUUUCCAUUUGCAGGCCCCAAAGAAAGCACUCCUUUGACAUCUGGAAGUUCCUUGUCAAGCAAAUCAGGAAACUUUCCAAGUGGUACCUUUCCAUUUGCAGGCCCUGAAGAAACCACUCCUUUGACAUCUAGAACUCCCUUGUCAAGCAAAUCAGGGAACCUUCCGACUGAUACCUUUUCAUUUGCAAGCCCUAAAGAAACCACUCCUUUGAUAUCUGGAACUUCAGGGAAUCUUCAGUCUGGUACCUUUUCAUUACCAGGCUCAAUGCUAACUGUUCCUUCGACAGCUGGAACUUCUUCCUCAGGUACAUCUGGGAACCCUUCAGCCAGUGCAUUUUCAUUUUCAAGUGAUAAGCAGUCAGGGCCAAUACCCUUUAAACCUACUGCACAAGUGCAAGCCACAGAAUCAGGGAAGCCCUCAAGAAGUAGGCCUCCUCUUGUGAAACCCACUCCUAUCACUCAAUUGCAGCCAGAUAGUCAAGUAAAGACAUCUUUUCAACCAGCACCAACUACUGCUGCAACCUCCAUAAAGGCACCCUCUCAACCUCAGGUAUUACACAAUUUAACUUUACAAUAGAAGAUGGGCAUCAAUAAAACUCAUUAACUUACAGCCUUGUGCCGUUUACGAGGCCCCUUAGCGCAGUGUUAUGUCAAUUUCAAUUGAGUAAAAACUACUUAAUCAUUGAAAAAUGAGUUCCUUAAUUUUUUUUCCAUACCUUGCUUGAUUCAUAAAUGCAACCACAAUAUUUUCAGAGGUUGCUUUGCUUGGGAGAUCACCAAAUUUUUUUUCAAGGCCAAUGGCACAAAGAGUUGAAAUGAAUGGUGCUUCUUACAGGAUUUAGCCUUGCUAUGCUGAUUUUAAAAACGAUGAUCAGAAUUUGCGAUAACUCAAUAUUUGUUCAAAUUAUUUUUUAGGAAACCAAAAAGAAUUGUAUUAUAAAUCUGUCAAGAGAUUGGGCCACAUCGAUAUUUCAAUACUGCAUAUGUACACUGUUGAUUCCUUUGAUAAAGGAAGUCACACUGAAAUAUAUAAUUAAGGUUUAGAACAAAAGACAAUCUGCUCUGUUCCCUCUCAGGUUGCAGGACUAAGCUUGCCAUCAACACCGAAGCUAACAUCUGCUAAACAACCAGCUGGGCAUGUAACAAAGGAAGAUCAGCCCAGUCCUUUUACUUCAAGACAAGAGCAGAGGAUUGAGGGAAGCUUAAGUUUUACUGCAAAUUCUCCUUCACAGAGCUUAAAAUUACUUGGGCAAUCAAAUGCCAGAGAAAGUGCAAAACAGGAACGCACCAAAAAGGUAAUUUAUUUUUCUCAAUUUUAUUGUUUGGAAGAGAUCUCUGUUUGUGUUAGAAUCCCAACUCUGGCCAGUUCCAGAUUUUCAUAUGGAUUGUCUGAGUUACAGAUAUCUCAUCUGUCAGCUAGGUCCUCCAUAUACAGCAAAUGUGUUGGAGUCCUACACUUUUUGUCACAAAGGAACUUCAUACUGCUAUAAUAAGCGCUGUUAUGAGAAUUUUGAUUGGAGACUCACACGUCACACGUUAGUUGGUGGCUUUUGUAAGUUCGAAAUGAUUGAACGAAUUGUUUUCAAUUUGUUAUAAACAUUUUGCAAACAAGUUCCAAUUGACUGGUCGGUUCUACGUAAUACUAUAUGCAAAGUGUGAUUCAAUUUACCUCUAAUUUGAUGUAAUCCUUACUUUUUCUUAGGUUGCUCCAGUUGCAAAAGAAAAAACAAUGGAAGCAUCUGUGUCAGAGACUAUCCAUGAAACAGUAAUGUCUUGAUUGCUAUGGCUGGAAACUUCAAUUAUCUUUGUAAUUUGACCGCUAUCGUUGAGAGAAUAUCGUGGGUAUUUAGCUCUCGGAUAUGCCCCGAGACCGCAAUGGAAGGAAAGCAAAAAUGUUUUUACCUCCAAAUAUAAUUAAAUUAGUUUUUUUUCCCGUUGUUGUAUUUAUCGACUGACUGUCUUUAAAAAUACCCUGACUUUCCUUUAUGAUAAUUUUAUAACUCUUACGUGACAUGAUAAUACUUUCCUCUCAUUUAAUUUCUGUAAUGAUUAACAUUUUAUAGAUUAGCCUCUUUAACGAAGAAAUGGCAAAAUUGGGAAGUAGUGUAAAGAGCAUGCAAAGGAAGUGUCGUCUUACUGACGAUGAUAAGGAGCUGGCUUCAUUCAGGAGGGCAACCGAUGAAGUUGGUCGAAAUCUCAAAGGCAUCAAAUUGGCCACAAAGGUUUGUACUUUAGUUAACCCCAUGAUUCUGUAGAGUGAUCAGCAGCUAAAUUUUCUGUCCUUUUUUUAUAAUCUGUUGAGCAGACCUGAAGACAAACAGGUAGAUACGGGUCAAACCACUUCUUUGUGUUAGUUCUUUUUUUUUUUGGUAAUUUGUUGUUGUUGUUUUUUUUUAAUUUCUUCUCAAUUGCAAUACCCAAGUAAAUCUGUGGCAUCAUCCCCAUAGUAAAACAACCUGUAUAUUCGGAAAGGUUGUGGAUAAUGUGGUAGUUAACUCUAGUAUUGCUUGAAUUGUUAACAUUCGUGUUACGAUGCUGUCACUUGUGAUAUAAUCUAUGUAGAUAACGAUGUUUCGACUGCAUAUUGCUUCUGCAAUAGGCAGUGCGUUUGACUUCAACUAUGUUUGCGUCAACUUGAAGCCAGGCUUGCUGCGCGAAAUACGCCCGUUAUGCUUUAGCCGAAAACUAACCAAUCACAGUGGAGGAUCAGGCCUCAAGGUUUACUCGUAGCCAAUAAACUUUUUAGCCAGAUAAAGACAGCAAAAAUCGUGCCGUCGAAACCAGGCUCAGUCCUACCAUUAUUAACACUACAGGAUCAACAAAAUGACAUUGACGAGGAGAAAAGAAAACUAUUUGAAGCAUUUGAAAUGCUUGAAGAUAUCAGGUGCGUGCGUAUCAGAUGCAAUUUUUGUUGGAGUUCAUUAGAUUUCAAAGCUAAAAAGUUCCCGUUCCCUUUUUGUUGCUGUUUUUUGGUGAGGGUGUCUGUUUGUUUAUUAUUUUUUGCUUUUUUCUAAUUUCCUACUUUCUUUAAUUGUAUGAUGUGGUUUCUUUUCUUAAAGAAAUUAGAUGACUAGAAGAUCUAGUGAUGUAAUGAUCGUUGUAAACAUCAGCUUCGUUUUUUGGAGGCAGUUGAUAACAGAAUGUAUCAUCACAAUUAUAACUGCAACACGCACAUUUUUUACACAUUAGGAUUAGACAGGAUAAGAAGAGCGAUGCAAGGUAUAUUCAAUUGCUUAAGGUAUGAGUAGAACUGAUGAUUAUAUCGUACUUGUAUGAGUAAAAUCAAACGGAAAACAUAUUACAUGAUUGAUUAUGUAUAUUCGCUUUCACGCACUUGUUCUGAACGCAGCUUUUGACUUAAAAAAGCUCCCUCUAACAGGGCAAUACUCUCUUUUACCGUCGUUCGAGGAGGAAGAAUAGAUAUGCUCGUCAGUUAACCCGAUCGAGAGAUGGAAUACAGAGAUUUCAACCACCUUCCUUAUGAACUUUUUUGGCGGCAUGUCAUUCAAACAUUUGUAGUCUCGUAUAGAUGAUAAACACAGUGGCCUUGAUUUUGCUUGAAAACAUCUUUAUGUGUUUGUCCUUGGACAUACGUCAUAUAAUUAUCUGUUCCUCGAAGCUUAUCUGACGUUGUCGGAACAACCGUGUGAAAGAAUAUUUGUGCGCCAUUAAGGGAAUGUCAUUUAUUUUAUUUGUGUUCGAUAGUCAAGAGCUCUGGAUCCUUUGAAUACAAAGAAGAUGAAAGAAAUCAGAAAGCUUCAUCUCUAUCUUGAUAAAACACUCAGGUGCGAGUUAAUUCAUGUUUUUUUUUUUAAUCAACACUUAAGUGUAUUCUUUAUUAGUGAAUGUACUGCGACUAUGCCACGGCCAAAGCGUAGUAGUCAAACUUGUAUUAAGCGGGACUGUGUUAAAAGGUCAACCUGGUUCAACGGCCUUUUUGUGUUCUUCUGCUACUGUAUCGAAUGGUCCUUUGAAGCGGAACCACUCAAUUAAAACUAAGAGUAAUCUUUCCCAUAAAAUUUAAUCCACUUUCAUGUCCCGAAAUCAAGGUUAGUAGUUUUUUUGAGCGAGUUUUAGUACAUUAAGUGGUAAAUUAGGACAUAACAUGAAGCUUUUUAUCGUUUUUUUUAAAUACCCAAUUCUGUGGAACCUGUAUUAAGCGGUCACCCGCCGUUCCCCCGUGGGUGACCGCCUGAUAGAGGUUUGACUAUAGAUGGCUUCUCGAUUAAGUGUCGUAAAACUAAAACGAAAGUAAUCAUAACUCCAAAUCAGAGAUGGGUAAGGAAAUUAUCUCAGUGAGUCAUGAGGACCCAAAGCGCGGGAAAACGCGAGAGAGCAAAUGGUAAUUGCUUUUACUUUUGUAUCUGAUUGGUCGAGAUUGGUGGCGCGAGUUUGCUAAACAAACCACAGAGCCAAGUAAAGAAGGACCGAUGCAAUCUCGGAAUUUCUCUCGAUAAUCAUUUGAAAAUUGUCGUAUUGAGGUAAUAAUGUCAUUCACCCGGUCUUCACCAAAGUUUUAAUCAUUUUAGCCGCCUUCAUUUUGGAUUUCUCCAUCCACUCCGUUCACGUAUGUACUGAUCAAGUAUUGAGUUAGUACAAAUACAUGUAUUUUAUUUAACCUACUGUUUUCUUAGAGACGUUAUCAUGGUUCUUGACGAACAGUGGAACAAAGAGAAUGAACAGAAAAGGUAAGCACGAGGAAGACAGCAGUGCAUUACGGCUUAGUUGAAGUAUCUUAGGCUCAUCUUUAAUUUUUGCCUAGUCUCUCUAUUUAGUCCUUUUAUCGGAACUCCUUAACAAGACAGCUCCCCUUUGCAGCAGAAGGCGGCGGACUGGAAAAGUUUUUUCAUGGUCCAUACCUCUUGCGUUGUUUAUCGCGUCACCCCAACCCCCCUCCCCCUUUCCAAACAAUCCCAUGAGCGAUUGCGCGGCGACAUUUGUUCUCAGGCUAUCACUCUUUUCCAAAAUGAGCUAUUUUUUCGCUUCAAUUGAAGGUCUAUCCAACGUCCUGCGCUAGCCGACGUUUACCAGACACUGAGGAUGCACCAAAAGAUAGCACAAGAUCAGGUGAGUCUCAAAGAUAUUCAUUCUCAUUCAUGUGGUAUCUCGACGGUUCGUAUCUGAACAUAAAACCUUAUUUCACUGUUUGAUUCGAUUUGUCAGGGGGUCAAGUUGGACAAAAUUGUACAAGAAAUGAAAAAUCGCAACCUGGUGUCAACCUCUUGGCAAAGAAAUCCGAUGACUACAACACCUUUAAGGUAUUAGAUUAAUUGUAUUUUACAAAUCGACUACAAUUGUACAUCAAUGUCAGUAUUCACAAUCCACUCCUCAAAUAGUUGUGUGUCGCAGACGAAUCUACGCGAGUUUGAAUUUGGCAUUCGAAACAAAAAGCAAAUCGUUUCAUAAUUGAAGUCCGCGAUGUACUCUUUCCUCAAAAAGAUAAAGUACAACGCCCAGUUUCAGCUUGCUUACACAGGUCUUGACCUGUGAGCACGUGAGAGUUUGUACAGUUUGGUAAAAUGUUUUACAAUUCAACUUCAUCACUGCCUUUCUCUUUUAGCUGAAAUUGAUAUCCACUGAAAAUUACAAUUAAUUAUUCCCCUUCCCUCGUUUUCUUCUGUUCUUAUUUUAUUUAUUAGGCUCUAUUGUUUAAAUUUGAAUUUUAUUUUCCAUUUCAGAGAUGAAGUUUCCUCUUUAAGUGACCCCUUUUCUGUUUCGAAACUGGGAUUAAAAUCACCUACAAAACCCGUCUCAGGUACAUUUAAACCUAUUCAUAUACAAUGGUUUUGGUAGUGGAACACCUCAGCCAUUGUAAACUCUGGUUACCCAUUAAUCAUGCACUGUACCAAUUGUUUACUACACUUUUGUUCUUUUUGUAAAGAGUUUGGCUUCCAUUUUUCCUCGUACUCAAUCAAGGUGUAUUUAUAUCAAACAUUUUCAAAAUUGAAGAAGGAUCAAAAUGCCGUUUUCUAGGGGACAACUACCAAUGUAGCCCUAUUUUAUCAACUCAACUCGCCCUCCCAUAGUGAUUCAUACUGAGUGAGCGAUUAUGGGGUACAUUUCGAUUGCGUGUCAGGGAACUGAAACCAGAGCAGGCACAGCCAAUCAGAGCAAAGGAAAAUAUCACGUGGAGAUAAUAAGAAACAGGCAAAGUGCCUGAAGUGCGGGAAAACGCGGGUGACCAAAUCGCGUUUGGUUUUAGUUGAAUCUGAUUGGUCGAGAAUUGGUGCAAGUUUUUGGGAUCGAUCAUAGAGCAAGUUAAAGCAAAACCAAUGCAAUCCAGGAUCACUUUGUCACUCAUUUGAACAUUACUCUCUAUUUUGGUGAAAAUGUUAUUUUGGAUAUUUCCUAUGGUUAUUUUACAGCUCCAAUAUCCCCUGAAAAACGAGCCAAGCUUAGAAACAUGUUUCAGAAACGGAGAACUACCCCAGUGAGAAAAAGCAUGCAUGGUAAGUCUUGUUAUCGUUGUCAUUAUUGUUAUUACACACUGCAAGCUUUGGUCAGCUUCAAUGGUUCUAACGCCAACGGGGCUAGUCCAGUUUGGCCCGUUGUAUUUGCCAUUUCGUUUCGCCAUACCAGACUCCCUUUUUCCUUAGCUGCUCGGAGCAUCCAUUGGCUUUAUUUGUGAACAAUAUCUGAUGGUAGCGGAUGUUGCGAUUUGAUGUUCCUUUAUGGACGAGGCUAAAAAGAUGGUUACGUUGCUGAAAAAAAAUCACAUGAAAGUACAAGCGUGCAGUCAGACUUUGUUCCUGCAAAGGAACGUGGAGUUAAUAUUCCCUGUUCUUUUCUCCUUUGAUUUGAAUUUUGUAAUCUACAGGGAAACUCAACAGUACAUUAGUUUUACCUGACAUUGUCUGAAAUAAAAAUGUUUUAAGUAGUUAUGACUAAUUAUGAUUCUGCAUACGGUUCCACUUUAGCAGUGCCAGGGUUCUUAACCUUUUCAAAAUACUCUUUACUAACUCUUAAUUUUUUUUCCAGUUCCUCCUACGGUUAACAAGACACCCUUAGUGAAGCCGGCUAAGCCUGAAGAGUCAUUCUUUUCUUCGACUCCUGCUCUAGAGAGAGGAGAAAUGGCAGAACGAUCCAAAGGUAGCUUUGAGCCCCUUGAUGAGGCUGAAAGGCAAAGUGAAGAAAGCCUUUCCGAGGAAGAGUCCCAGGAUGACGACACCAGUGAGGAACAAGAGCUUAAUCCGUGUAGCGAAGUCCAAGAAACCCGUUCACGUGCGCCUGAUUCGCAACCUGUACAAUCUACAGUUAAAGACACUUCAAAGAGCGGUUUCAGUUUGGGGAAUUCACAAGGAACGGCUGAAUUAAAGGAGCCAGCGCCUCAAACAGCGAGAGGAUCAGCUGAUAUCAAAAAUUUGCAACAAGUCAGGGACAGUCCGAAGGCUGUUGCAGGUGGAGCAUUUUCUGAAGUUGAUAAGUCCAGUAAUGAAGGCAUUAAGACGUCAGAAUCACAGGCACCACAAGCUGAAUCAGUCAAACCAGCAAAUGGUUUUAAACUUCCUCCAAUGAAGGAAGAGGUAAAGUAUUCUUUUUUUUUGUUUUCACUACCGUUUUUUUUUUUCACCGUUAUAUCCUCCUCGCUAUUGUUCCCAAUCUCUUCCGACGCAUCAUCUUCGCUUUCUUUCUGUCGUUUCGUUUAUAGUCCUCGCCUGCACCAGUGGUUCAGCCGAAAGGUGACUUUAAGCCCAAUGUUAAGGUUAUAAGCACAGAAACACCUCCGCACGUUGCUGCAGCUAUGGCUGCAAUGAGUAGAGCCAGUGCAACCCAAGGAACAGUUCAGUCAAGUAGCAACCUUGAUCCUUCAGCGAGCAUCGAACCAGUAACUCUGGUGACUUACAAACCACAGUCCCAAGGAAGUGCACCAACUAAGGACUAUGAUGCAGGCAACACUGCUGCGAAAGCAAUUGCCAACGCAGCAUUGAUGGCCGCUACAGUAGAGGCCCAGAAGUCUUCCACAAAGCCUCAGUAUAGCACAGAAUUUGUCUUCAAAUCCCCUGACAGUAGCAAGCCUGGCCCUCCAGUUGUCACUUUUAAGCCACCUGCCUCUCCGCCAAAAAUAAAUGAGAGUGGUACCAAGUUUUCUGCUGCUCCCAAUGUCACUGUGAAUCCAAAUAGUGUAGUUAAACCUACAUUUGCACCACCAUUGCCGACAUCGUCCACGACGUCCAGAACUAGUGGGCUGCGGCAGCCUUUGUCAGGAACUCAGGCUAUAGGCGGGUUCAGCUUUACUCCACCGGCUGGAAGUUUAUUCAACGUGGGAACUUCGUCUGGGACUGCCGUUCCUGCAUUCAGUGCAUUUAGUUUCAGUAGUAAAGCGAAAGACACAGCAGAUGCCAAAGCUUCUAGUCUUACCGCUGCGGCAAGCGUUGAGUCACCUAAACCAGCAACUACUUCCUCGACACCAGCCGUGGGUAUCACUCCUAGCGCAAGAGUGAGUAGGAAUUUAUUUGCAGCAGGAAAUGCAGGUGAGCAAGCAAUACCAACGAGAGGCGAACAAGAAUUGAAGCAAGAAACUAGAAAGGAUGAAGCGAAGGUGAGUCUUUUAAACUGGGUAUUUUGUGAUGACUAAUAAUAAAUGGAAACGUCGUAGACUUUGAGGCUUGUGAUGAAGGUAUUAAAGACAUCGACUUUAUUUCAGGUCGCUAAACACAAAAUUGCAAGGCCUUCUUAAGUACUAACGUGAUAGCGACUCACACACAUACAUUUCCACAGUGUCGAGUGGUUAGUUAAAGACUGUAAACGAUGAAGAAACGUAGACGACUUCAUGGAAUGGACUGGGUAAAUUUGAAGUCCGUUCCCCGACACGUUAAGUUGACCUUUUAUUCUAAAGGAGGGUUUAGAAUUUGCCAAUUUUCACCUCAAUUAGUGUGAAGUUCCAAAUUAGCAUCUGGAAUUUACUGCUAGUUAGUACAAAAAAAAAACUAUGAAAAGGAAACUAGUGUUUUUUUCCUGUUUUCGACAGACCACCACAGCUUCGUCUGUCUUCACUUCCAGAGAAUUCGUAACUACGGGCACAGCAGCAGGGUCCACCUCAUUUGGUGGAGGGUUUUCUUCAUCUGGCAGUGUAAGUGGUCUAUUUGGUUCUGCUGGUACAGGCAGUGGUUCCACAAGCAUCAUGAGCAAUUUGUUGCGAACGUCUGCCAUAGGAGGUAUUUCAGCAUCUGGUGAUGCAGCACCUACGGUCAGCUCACUUCCCGAGGAGGUCCCUCUGCCUUUUAAAGGGACUCCAUCUGAGAACAAAGAUACCAGUGCUGCAGCCAUAACUACAACACCCACCAGUGCAUUUGCAAGUCCAUUUGCUCAGGCCCUUUCAGGAAGUAUGAAGUCGAGUUCGCCGUCUUUCACAAGUAUAGGGAGCACAUCACUACUCACAGGAAGUGCUUUUGGAGCUUCAACUAUGACCGCUACGGCUGCCACGUCUGCUACGCUCGCAUCCGGAGGUGAAUUUGGCUUUUCUCUUGGUGGCGCUAAAAGUGCCAUAACAGCUGCGCCUUCUGUCACCUCAGCAGGGAGUAGUGCAUUCAGUUUCACAGCUGGUUCUGCAUCAUCUGCCUUUUCUGUGACAAGUAGUACGAGUCCUUUCUUCCCCAGUAUCACUUCUGCUUCCAAAAGCACCUCUUCACCAUUAGUAAGUUCUUCAUUAACCACUUUUACAACACCGAAGUCAACAGACGUGGUUGCAAGUUCAUCUCCAGGUUCUUCAACCUCAAUUGCUACUACAAGUGGUCUGUUUGGCAAAAUCACAAGCACCACAAGUGCGUUCGGUGCAGUUCUAUCGACAGGCAGUAACAUUUCUGGCUCUCAAGGCGCUACUUCAACUACCACUGCCUCUGGAAACGUCUUCGGAGGAUUCACAUCAACUCCCUUCUCUCCCACUCCAGUGUUUGGAGCUUCAAGAGGCCUCACCUUCGCAAGCACUCCUCCAGCUUUCGGCGUCCCUGUCAGCAGCCAAGGUUCCACAUUUGGUUCCACAUCAGUAUUUGGAUCGCAAAGCUCAGCGACCGGCACAGGGUCAGGGACAGGAUUUGGGGCAUCUUCCACUGGGCAGUCACCUUUUGCUUCUACCACAAGUAGUGGGUUUGGCACUGCCUCCAAGCCAAAUGAAAAUAGUAAGUAAAAACCUCUAUGUAAACUGUUGGGUGAUAAUUUUCUAUAGCCACAUGACUUGUCUCUGGGUUGUUUAUGAGAAGGCUUUUCGAAAAGAGCAGGUUUCUCCACUUUUCUUCCCCUCACAUUGACCAACUCUCAGAAUUCCAAAGAGACUUGCUACGUUUGAAUUCUAUUUUCAUAUUAUAUUAAUGAGAAGAAAACUUUUGGAGUGCAGUCCCAUUGUGAUAACUUGCAGCCUUCCUGCCGGAACCUUUAGGCAAAAAGUGUCUACCAUGUGUUCAUUCACAUUUUCAAGCAAAUCCACUCCUGUAAGCAUUUAAAACGAACUCCGUUAGAGCUAAUUUGUUUCGUUGUCUGAUACUAUAACCUUCUGAGAAUUAAUUUAUGGUAAAUAUAAGAAGCUGUCUGCCAUGGUACCUUGGAUACUAGUAACUUACUAUAGACUGCCUUUUUUCUCCUUAAGCUCUAGGAUUUGGAUUUGGUGGCUUUGGUUUAGGUGGACAAGCAAGCCCACAGACUAGCAAGACGAACCCUUUUGGCGUCACGCAAGGAUUACAGGCUCCCACGUCUACACGUAAACUAUGACUUUUUAUUUUUGUGGCUGACAUUCCUGACUGUUGAGUAAUGCUUACUUUGUUUCAGAGCGUGGAAUUGGUAACGUAAUGGCUGAUUCCUUGUUGAAUCAAUUUAAUGGGGACAAGGUUGGCAGAGAUGUUUAGAAAAUUGUUUAACGCUCACUGCGCAUGGUGUCGAUUGUAGUUCCAUAGCAAUAGAAGUAUGGCUACUUAUGUCUGAGAAGUUGUUCUCGUUUUUAACUGUAGAGUCUUCAUUGUUUGGUGGGAAGUCAGGAGCUGAUGUUUUUAAGGUUGGUAAUGUUAAAAAAUAUUUUUCUUACAAUGCGACCUUGUGAAGUGUCUUUUACAUUCCAUCAUGCUGCAUCCUCGGCCAUAUUUAGUUCCUAAUCAAUCUUUGUCGUUUGUCUGUGGAUAUCGAACAGGUGCCAUUAAAAUCGUUACGGAAAUGUAGGCUUCCGCAUGCACACCGUUUUUUCUAUUCUCUCUCUCUCUCUCUCUCUUUCUUUCAUGGAGGUGGAAGGGUGUUAAUUUUUAUAUGAUUAUUUAUUCAUUUUUAACGUCAGGCGAGUGAUACAUCAAAGCCAACGUUCGGCGGUGGUCCAUUUUCUUCAUCUGUGUUUGGUUCCCAGUCCACUGGUGGUUUUUCAGGAGGCUCCUUCAGUGCUCCAGGUACUGGAGUAGGUGCCGGUGGUUUUGGCUUUGGUGCUGCAUCGCCAUCAGGUAAAAGCUCUCUUUACUAAAACGCUUCUUACGAACCGUCGCUGCGCAUACCUUCCCAAAGUUCAAGCAGCGCCGAGAUAUUUAGUAUUUUUGACUAGCAGGACGAAUUCUGGUGGGAAAGAGAAAACGCUCGUGCUGUAUUUAACAGCAAAUAAAAAUAGGUCUUAGAAUUAACGGUUUAAAGAGUUUUAAAUUUGUCGUUCAUUUUACAGCCAGUAAGCGCGUUUUUCUACCCUCACUCACGAAUUAGAAAGCCACCCAUUUAUUCUCUCUUGUGCUCCUUGAUGAGACGGUGACGAACUUUCAAGAGAAAACAAUAGCAGCAAACACAAGAAAUGAAAAUGCUAUAUAACAGUUAUCUGUAUUCACUGUAUGAUGCGUUUUCAUGCAUGGAAAGAAAAUGUCAAUUGCAGCUUUUGUUAAGGGAAAUGUAAAUUGAUUUGAAGGUUUUCAUAAUGCCUUCUCAAACUUCUUAAUUUCAGCUUCCUCAGGGUUUGGUACACCCCAACCCUUUGGCUCACCUACUGCUAGUGGGUCUGUGUUUGGUGGUGCUCCUGCGUUUGGUGGUGCUCCUGCGUUAGGAGGUGCUCCUGCGUUUGGUGGUACUCCUGCGUUAGGAGGUACUUCAGCGUUUGGUGGAUCCCCUCAAGGAGGUCUGGGGGCUAGUCCUACGGGAGGGUAAGACUUGUUUGUUUAUUGAAUGUUUAUAUGUUGUUUGAAUUGAAUUAGUUUUUACUGGUUGUUUAAGCCAGAAAUACUAUACGAGAGAGAGAGAGCUUUCGAACACUAUUGUAAGUUAAUGAUCAGGAUUUCGACCACCUUUCAAAUAGGCGAUGUCGGUGGUGUGUUCAUAUUUUGUUUUUAUUAUUUCUUUAGGUUUUGGUAGGUCAGGCGUUGUGCUUUAUUAGUUCUGUUGUUGCAUUCAGCUGAUUGGAUUCUGUUUGAACUGUAGACUUGUUUUAAUAUACAGCGAAAUAAGCAUCGGCUGCUCAGUAGUAAAAAACGAGAACAGAAAUCAACGAAGUGUUGCCACUGUUUGUUUUGACCCACUCCUCUCCCGCCCCUUCACCGAUAACGAACUGAAAUAGAAAAACGCUAAGAAAAUUGACUUGCACAAGGUAGACUGAAUGAAAGGAAUAAAUUGUCCUUAUUUUCGGAAGGUAACUUGCAAUAGCUGCGAUUUGAAAAGGAGUCACUCUUCUCUUUUUACUUUGUAUAUUCACAAGGAUCUUUGGAAGUGUCAAUUCUGGUGGAUUUGGACAGUAAGUUAUCACUGACUUUUCCUCAAUGUAACGUUGCCGUUAUGGUCAGUAAUGGUUGGUCGAAAAUGAAAAUUGAUUUCACUCCUUUCCCAAUGUAGUCCUAUAAUUUGAUUAGAGGACACUGUUCAAGUGUGUCAUCAUGGUGAUCCCGUAAAACCCCUCAUUGUGUCGUUGAAGUUCUAGUCUAGUCUUGAGAAAUGAGUAUUUCUGUCCCUCUGAAGCAGCGUUUUCCUUCGAUAUCCAUCCAAAAGUUCUUUUUUUGGCAGUGACAAAUGAAAACUCCGUUAAAUUACUCACAAGGACCUGAGCUCGCACAGGUCCUAGAAAACCUGGAAAGUCCUGGAAUAUUAUUUUGACCUUUUUCCAUGACUGGAAAGUCCUGGAAAAAGACCACAGGUCCUGGAAAGGUCCUGGAAAUUUGCUUAACUCAAGCAAGAAAGUUUUCAGAACCUACGUUGUAAGAAAUGUAUGUAGACCGUAAGGAGAAUUUAUUUUGAAAUCUUGAAAAUAUGAAAUGGGAAUGAAAGGAACGAAGUGAAAUUUGGAGUCUUGGGAAAAUCAGAGUCCUGGAAGAGUCCUGGAAAAGUUCUUGAAAUUUGUUUCUGAAAAAGGGUACGAACCCUGAAGGAUGCAUGGCCACGUUUUUAAUUUCUCAUGUUAGACGUUGUUUUACACCCUAUAGAUCUCAAGGCAGCCCCACCUUUGGGGCUUUGGCCGGGCAGUCUAACGUUCCUUCAUUUGGAGCUGUGGCUGGUAUGCCUGCCACUCAAGGGUUUGGUGGAAUGCAACAGCCGCAACAAACAUCUCCUGCUUUUGGCUCGUUCGGUGGCGGCUCACAGUAAGUAGAACAUAUUCGCUUUGUUUUAUCGAAAAUUGUGAAAAAAAAAAGUUUCUUGUCGUGUUUCUUUUUUUUCCGGUGUAUGUGUUUGCAAGUUUUAAAGUUUUCCCUUAAACUAUUUGAAGUCAUGUCCAAGCUUGUUUUGAAACUUUGAAGAGUUACACCCUUUUUUUCGGAAAGUCACACCUGAAUUUGUUGUCGUAUAUUAUGUUCUUAUCGCUUAAUGACUCGAACUCCCGAUAACCUCCCGUGUUCUUCUUGUCAAGAGAUGAAUGAACAUAAGUCUUAGUGAGGGAUCACCAGGUGCUCCAUUAUCUAAAAUAGCAGUUAUUCAAGGCAUCCUUAUAUUAAGCUUUUUUACCUAACUAUUCACACUGCCAAGUAAGUUCAUAGAUCAAAACUCACGGGAUGCUCCUAUAUCUGUGACAAUUGUAGUUUGUUUCCUGACAGGAGUCCCGGCGGUGCGUCGUUCUCACAGUGGAGGUGACGCUUAGCUGUCCUUUGAAUGACAGUUUCCAGUGGAUAGUUAAAACAAUUUUAGUAUUUGCAGCGUCGUUUCACAGCUGCUCAACAUGAGGCGGGGUCUAUUAAAAAGCUGUUGGUUAUUG